AGAAGAAAAAAAAAAGCUCUCUUCUAAUCUGCUAGUCUAAAUGGCCGUCUCAAUGAUAACCUUCCUCCAGCCUCCGUUCAUUGCUUCUCCCUCCAUAUUACUCCAUCCAAUAAGCAUCAAAAGCCAACGUCGAAAGCCAGUGUUCUCUCGAUGCAGCUGCCUUGGCGAAAAACAUGCUCAGAAGCUCAAGGAAGCAAAACAUUCGUUCAUGGUCCCAACGAGGAAAGAAGGAAUGUUUGCAUGCCCCGUCGAAACCCUAGUAAUGAUCGAUGCGGUUCAACGACUAGGCAUCGACUACCACUUCCAGGAAAACAUCGAGGCUGUUCUUUGUGAUCAAUUCAGCACUGCUAAGAUGGCGGCCGGGAGCUCCCGUGGGCUUUUCGAAGUUUCCUUGAACUUUCGCCUCUUGAGACAACAAAGUUAUCGCAUUCCUUCGGAUGUGUUCGGAGAAUUCAAGAAUGGAGAAGGGAAGUUCAACCCUAAUCUAGGCCAAGACGUGGAAGCAAUGAUGGAGUUUUACGAAGCUUCACUGUGGAUUACUCCUGGAGAAAGCACACUGCGUGAAGCUAGGGAAUUCAGCUCACACUGGCUACGUUCAUGGAUCGCCACCAGGUCGCCAUCGCGGAAUCUCUCCGUCGGCAAUGGUGUUCUCCUAGAAGAAUUAGCGACGACGACUGAAACCGUCGCCAAUACUCUGAAACAUCCCUGCCGCAGGAGCAUACCCAGGCUGGCGAUUGAGGAUUACUUGAACGGCUUCGGGGCAAGAACAUCGUCAAAUGAUAAGCUGCUGAAGCAUCAUUACGUGGAGACUCUCAAGGAUUUGGCCAAGUUAGACUUCAACAUGAAUCAGGCGACUCAUCAAGAGGAACUCUUGCAGAUCUCCAAGUGGUGGAAUGAGAUCGAUUUGGCAGUGAAUCAUGGGAGAGAUCAUCUGCAGGUCGAAGCUUACCUGUGGCCAAUGUCAACCCUAGCGGGCCCUGGAUUCUCCGAGUACAGGGUCGAUCUUGCCAAAAUCACAUCGUUCGUGUACCUAAUCGAUGACAUUUUUGACAUUCCUGGGUCGUCGUUGGAUGAACUCACACUCUUCACACAAGCUGUAACUCGAUGGGACAUCCAAAUGGCUGAGGAAUUGCCAGAGUACAUGAGGAAAUGCUUUGUAGCUCUCUAUCACAUGAUUCAUCAAAUUGGCUACGAUGUGCACAAAAAACAUGGAUACAACUCGAUCCACUCGCUCCAACGAGGCUGGUCGAAAUUGGUCGAGGCAUUUUUAGUGGACGCCAAAUGGAUGAGGAAAGGAAAAUGUCCGACGUCGGCAGAUUACCUGAAGAACGGAAUAGUCAGCACCGGCCUCCAACUUGUCCUCCUCCACUUCUUCUUCCUGCUGGGCCAGGGCUUAACAAAACAAAACGUGAGCCUCGUGGAUGGCGACGAUCCGCCACUAAUAUCAUCGGCCGCUAAAAUUCUAAGGCUGUCCGACGACCUCUCUUCCACGUACGAUGAACACGUGGGCUACGACGCGUCGUACGUGGACUGCUACUUGAAGGAGAAUCCUAGGCUGUCCGUCCGUGAAGGUAGGGAGCGCGUGAUGGAUAUGAUUGAAGAGACGUGGGAGCAACUGAAUCGUGAAUCUUUAGCGACGACUUUCCCCGUCGUCUUUGCGAGGGCCGCCGUCGAUUCUGCCAGAAUGGCUCCGUUUCUGUUUGGAAAUGACGGGUCGUUCCAUGAGCAUACCACCAGCAGCGUUCCAAGUCUUCAGGAUCGCAUCAAGUCGCUGCUCUUUGAAAGCAUUCCCAUUUAGUUUUUCCCACUAUCAAUGAAGUUUUGUUUGGAAAAAUUCUUCUUCUUCUUCUUCUUCUUCUUCUUCGUCUUCGUCUUCCUCCUCCUUCUCUAUGGAGCGCCAGUGGAUCGAUAGCUCCAGAGCGUGGGCCACAAUUUCUGUCAGGUCGUUAUUACGAUGAAGUAAUAACCUCGGGCCACAAUUUCUGUCUGGUUGAGAAGCGAUUGGCUUCUUCCAUAAUAUCUUCGUCCUCAAGUCUCAAAUGUGAGGUCUCAAACAGCUCCACUAACCCUAAUAUGUCCCCACAGCACUUGCUUUCCAUGAAGCUCCUCGUGGGUUUGUCCAUGAACUCGAUGAACAUGUCUGGAAAAUUAAGGAACAUAGAGAAGACGAAUUAUCGACAGGUUUUAGUUUAAGUUAUUGAGAAGAAUGAUAUAAGCUUUUCCGGUGAUGAAUCGAUAUCAUUAGCUUAAGUUAUUGAGUAUGUUACGAAUUUUAGUACAUAAUCGAUAGAACUAACUUGUAUUGUGGUCAUG